CCCCGCCCUCGGACCACGUGACCCGAGCUGUAGCGCUGGGUUUGGGGGUCUGCGGCCAGGAGGGCGUCUGCGCAGGUGAGCUGGACGCGCUGGUGAAGGCUGUCUCAGGCCCGAGGGCUUCCGGAGGAGCGUCCUCCUUCAGGGCGGCGGGGCCGACUAUCAGUGAGUUCUUGCUUGGGAGAAUCGUGCAGAGAAACCGAGAGAGGCCUCCAGGACUAUGGAUGCUACUCCGGGCCAACAGGCUUCCACCAUGAAGACGAAGAGGCCUCUCUGCUCCCACUCUCUGGUUGGGGUCUGCAUCCUCAUCUGCUUUAUUACCGCUAUCACUCUGGGCCAUCUCAUGCUCCAUGACUUAAUGCUGUUUCCCCAAGACUUUCCCAAAUCCUCUACAGGACUGGAAGAGACUUUUAGGCCUCACCAUUGGAAGGGUUAUGGGCCAGGGCCCCAGCACAUCCAGGAGGAGCACCAUGUGCAGCCUGUAGCCGUGCCCACGAAGUGCGACGUGCCCCCCAACAGCCGCUUUGACUGUGCUCCAGACAAGGGCAUCUCCCGGGAGGAGUGUGAGGCCCGUGGCUGCUGCUAUGUCCCAGCCGGGCGAGUGCUGAAGGCACCGCUGACGGGGCAGCCCUGGUGUUUCUUCCCUCCCAGUUAUCCAAGCUACCGGCUAGAGAAUUUGAACUCCACAGAGACGGGGUACACAGCCACCCUGACCCGUACCAGCCCGACCUUCUUCCCAAAGGAUGUGCUGAGCUUACAGCUGGAUGUGCUGAUGGAGACCGAGAGCCGCCUCCACUUCGUGAUCAAAGACCCGGCUAAUAAGCGCUACGAAGUGCCCAUGGAGACCCCGCAUGUCCUGAGCCAGGCACCGUCCCCCCUCUACACUGUGGAGUUCUCAGAGGAGCCCUUCGGAGUGAUUGUCCGCAGGAAGCUGAAUGGCCGGGUGCUGCUGAACACUACCGUGGCGCCCCUGUUCUUCGCUGACCAGUUCCUGCAGCUGUCCACGUCACUGCCCUCCCAGCACAUCACAGGCCUCGCUGAGCAUCUCAGCCCGCUCAUGCUCAGCACCGAAUGGACGCGGGUCACCCUCUGGAACCGGGACCUGGCACCCUUGCCAGGUGCCAACCUCUACGGGUCACACCCAUUCUACCUGGCGCUGGAGGACGGUGGCUUGGCUCAUGGUGUCUUCCUGCUGAACAGCAAUGCCAUGGAUGUGGUCCUGCAGCCCAGCCCCGCCCUAACCUGGAGGUCAACAGGGGGCAUCUUGGAUGUGUACGUGUUCCUAGGCCCAGAGCCCAAGAGCGUUGUGCAGCAGUACCUGGACGUCGUGGGAUACCCCUUCAUGCCGCCAUACUGGGGCCUGGGUUUCCACCUCUGCCGCUGGGGCUACUCCUCCACUGCCAUCAUCCGCGAGGUUGUGGAGAACAUGACCAGGACACACUUCCCCCUGGAUGUGCAGUGGAACGACCUGGACUACAUGGACGCCCGCAGGGACUUCACCUUUAACCAGGAUGGCUUUGCCGACUUCCCGGACAUGGUGCGUGAGCUCCACCAGGGUGGCCGGCGGUACGUGAUGAUCGUGGACCCUGCCAUCAGCAGUUCAGGCCCUCCUGGGAGUUACAGGCCCUAUGACGAGGGUCUUCGGAGGGGCGUGUUCAUCACCAAUGAGACUGGGCAGCCACUGAUUGGGAAGGUAUGGCCUGGAUCCACAGCCUUCCCCGAUUUCACCAACCCUGAGACCCUUGACUGGUGGCAGGACAUGGUCUCUGAGUUCCAUGCCCAGGUGCCCUUUGAUGGAAUGUGGAUUGACAUGAAUGAACCAUCCAACUUCAUUAGAGGCUCUCAGCAGGGCUGCCCUGAAAAUGAACUGGAGAACCCACCCUAUGUGCCCGGGGUGGUUGGUGGGACCUUGCAGGCAGCUACGAUCUGUGCCUCCAGCCGCCAGUUCCUCUCCACACACUACAACCUCCACAACCUGUACGGCUUGACUGAAGCCAUCGCCUCCAACAGGGCCCUAGUGAAGACCCGGGGCACCCGACCCUUUGUGAUCUCCCGCUCGACCUUCGCUGGCCAUGGCCGAUAUGCUGGCCACUGGACGGGGGAUGUGUGGAGCACCUGGGAGCAUCUUUCCAACUCUGUGCCAGAAAUCCUGCAGUUUAACCUGCUAGGCAUGCCCCUGGUGGGGGCGGACAUCUGCGGCUUCCUGGGAAACACAUCAGAGGAGCUGUGUGUGCGCUGGACCCAGCUGGGGGCCUUCUACCCCUUCAUGCGGAACCACAACGACCUCAAUAGCAUGCCUCAGGAGCCAUACAGGUUCAGCGAGACCGCACAGCAGGCCAUGAGGAGGGCCUUCACCUUGCGCUAUGCACUCCUGCCCUUCCUGUACACUCUGUUUCAUGGAGCCCACGUCAGAGGGGACACAGUGGCCCGGCCCCUCUUCCUGGAGUUCCCCGAGGAUCCCAGCACCUGGUCUGUGGACCGCCAGCUCUUAUGGGGGUCAGCUCUGCUCAUCACACCUGUGCUUGAGCCUGGGAAAACUGAAGUGACUGGCUACUUCCCUGAGGGUGUGUGGUACAACCUGCAGAUGGUGCCAGUGGAGGUUCUCGGCAGUCUCCCAUCUCCUCCGUCAUCUCCUCCGUCACCUCCUCCGUCAUCUCUGCUGUCAUCUCCUCCAUCAUCUCUGCCGUCACCUCCUCCAUCAUCUCCUCCGUCAUCUCCUCUGUCACCUCCUCCAUCACCCCCCAGAUCUGCUGUCCACAGCAAGGGGCAGUGGUUGACGCUCGAAGCCCCACUGGAUACCAUCAAUGUGCACCUGAGGGCAGGAUACAUCCUACCGCUGCAGGGUCCCAGCCUCACAACCACGGAAUCCCGAAAGCAGCCCAUGGCCCUGGUCGUGGCUUUAACUGCAAGCGGCGAGGCCCGUGGGGAGCUGUACUGGGACGAUGGGGAGAGCCUUGGGGUUCUGGAGCGCGGGGCCUAUGCACUGAUCACCUUCUUGGCCAAGAAUAAUACCAUUGUGAAUGAGUUAGUACACAUGACCAAGGAGGGGACUGAACUACAGCUGAAGGAGGUGGCCAUCUUGGGAGUGACCACAGCCCCUACACAGGUCCUUUCCAAUGGUGUCCCUGUCUCUAAUUUCACCUACAGCCCUGACAGCAAGACCCUGGCUAUCCCUGUCUCGCUGCUCAUGGGAGAAAAGUUUCAGAUUAAUUGGUCCUAGGAGACCACACCUGUGUUUACUGAGAACCUGAGUCCUGUGUGUUUUUCCUGUCGUGUUGCUGCUGCUGCCCGUGAGGUACCGUGUUAGGAAAGGAGUGAGACUUGCUAACCUGUCUGUCCCAGCUGUCCAUCCCUGGCACUAGAAUGUGAAGCACAGCAUGGGGACGUUUUACCUACACCAUCAGGCCGCCACUGCAACUGGGACCCUACUGAGAGACAGAGUUGGUGAUGUCAUCAGGCUCACAGAGCUUGAGAAACUUACUGUGAAGUGCACUUAUUUAAAUAAAAAGGGACAUUUGGAGCUA